UUAAAGAUCGUGUCGUUCCGUCCCCUCUGCUGUGGGCAGGGACGCCUUCCGCUACAGGCGAGGUGGCUUAGAGCUCCAUCCGGCCUGGCCGUGAAUGUUUGAUGUAUGACGUGUUUACGACUGGCUCUCACGUGUAGAUGGAAAUGUCAGAAGAUGAGAAUAACACGGAAGAAUACCCCACUGAAAUUCAUGAUUAUCUCAGAGCAUUUGAAAAGUCUCUUGGUUCUGUAGAUGAGAUGCUGAAGACAAUGAUGUCAGUUUCUAGGAGUGAGCUUUUGCAAAAGUUAGAUCCUCUUGAGCAAGCAAAGCUGGAUUUGGUUUCAGUGUACACAUUAAAUUCUAUGUUCUGGGUAUACUUGGCUACCCAGGGAAUCAAUCCAAAGGAACAUCCAGUGAAACAAGAACUGGAGAGAAUAAGAACAUACAUGAACAAGGUCAAAGAAAUAGCAGACAAGAAAAAGGCAUCCAAACUCGAUAAAGGAGCUGCUUCUAGAUUUGUAAAAAAUGCACUCUGGGAACCAAAAGCAGAAAAUGAACAUACUUCGAAAAGUCCUGCUAAAGGAAAAAAGAGACAGAGGGACUAAAUCUAUUUUUGCCCUCAUAAGAAUUGCAGACACCUAGAACUUACUUGGAAAUGUUUUGCAUACUGCAUGCAUCUCAUAGAAGUGCUGGAUAACAGAUUAAUUUACAAAUUUUACAGGAUUGUAUUUUGUCCAGAACACUUGUCACUGAGGUGAUCACAUUUAAUGUGUAUCAAAAAGUGCCACUUGAUGCACACUGGACAUUUCAUUACUCAAAUGAUAAUGACCUGACAUAUACUUGCUGGUAAAAAAUACUUGUGAUGUUUUGUUUAUAAUGCCUAUGAAUUCAUAUUUUUUAAUGAUUUAUUGACACUUUUUUAUAUGUCCUCAAUCUCCUCAGUAUUAAAAAGUUUUAAACACUGCUA